AUGCGUUACCACGCCUGCCUGCAGAACCUCUCGCACGAAGAUCUCCUCCAGAUCGCGGCCAGCGGCAUGCGCGAGUGCCGCGCCACGCGCAUUCUCGGAGACGCGAUGCUCGCGUCGAAACUGCCCGAGCAGCUCGCAGCCGCCGUUCUGUUGUCGCAAGACCUGAUCGCACCGGUGCUCUCGUCGCUGCCCCUCACGGACUUGCGCACGGCGCGCGUGUGUCACCUGUGGCGCGAUGCCUGGCAUGAGAAGAUGUUGCUCCCUCUCGGCCAGCUGCGCCACCUGCGCUCCGUUGGAGAGUUUGGCUAUGCAACCCAAGUGGUCGCCAUGCCCGGGCGCGAGGCGGUGCUUGUGCCAAACUAUGAGCAGCAUCGCCUGGAUGUGCUCUGUUCGCAACCCGCGGCCUUCGAAGAGCAGCUCUGCGCCCCCGAUAUUGACGACGGAGAGGUUGUCGAAACGCUCCGGACGCCUUCCGCCGUAGCUCUGAUGGCCGACGGCCUCGCCUGGGUGGUCGAAUCCGAUCGCUACAGUGUGGUCAAGGUUGACCUGGAGGAGAAGCUGCGCCUCCACGAGAUCGAGCGAAGCCAGCUCGGCGACGGCGCAUUUCCUGAGGACGUUGCCAUCGCGGACGAUGCGUUGCUUGUCCUCUCUCAACGGAACGGGGAGACGACGGAUCACUGCGUCUCCGUCUUUUCGGCUUCGACGGGGGAGUUCCAGCACAGCUUCGGCGGCUGGGGCAAGGGUCGGAGCGAGCUAUUCCUCCCAACAUCGAUGGCGGUGCACGGCGAGUCCGUGUACGUGGCGGACAGGGGCAACCACCGAGUGCAGGUCUUUCGGCAUGCGGAUGGGAUGCACGUUCGCAGCAUCGGCCUUGACGCCGCAGUGACAGAAGAGCUGUGGGAGGACAUGCUGGAUUGGGGCGUCGAGUACGAAGGCGAAGACCCACGCAUCGGCGCCGACCUCGGCGAGUUCGACCACCCUUUUGGAGUCGCCGUCGGCCACGGCCGCUUGUACGUGAGCGAGUACGAGGGCGCUCGCGUGCAAGUGCUGACGCUCGAGGGCGAGCCGCUGCAUGUCUUCGCAUCGCCGGACGGCAAGCCACUCGGGGGCAUCUGCACGAGCGGCGAGCAGGUUUGGGUCGUCGGCGAGCACGACGACCCUAAUCAAGUGCACAUCCUCACGAUCCGGGAGUAA